AUGGAGGCACAGGCUGUGAAGCUGCUAAACUACCCAGGAGCCAAUCACAUCACUGUUGUCAGGCCGAUGGCUUUUCUCAUUGAAAGCUGGUCACUGGUGAACCUAUCAGCAACAUUCAUGGUAGAGAAGCAACCUCUGAUUCGCAGUCUGUCUUGUAGAUGGUAUACACUGUGGAUGUUGUUGGGAUUGAUUGUGAUGUUUAAGGUGCUGGAUGGACUACCAGUUACAGGGGCCAAUUUGAUUAGAAUGGUGUUGAGCUUCUUGAGUAUUGUUGGACAGUCGAUGCCUGUGGGUUUUUUUAUUACAGGAGAGUUUAGUUUUGCUGGGUUUAUACCAGCCGGAGGGAAUAUGGACAUACGUACUCUGGGCCGACCCUUUCAGCUGGGAAUGCUGUAUGACUGCCGUUCUGACAUUCUAAUCCCAGCUAUUACCUUCUGGGGCUUGGAGACUCUUCAACAGAAUGUGACGGUAUGGUCGAAACAUGAAACUCAGUUUAAGAUCUACACAUUGGACUCGAUUCAGGAAAAGACAUCAGCCCUGAGUGUUGAUGGAUCGUUGAAAGCAAGUGUUUUCACUGAAUCGAUAACAUUGGAUGGAUCAGCCAAAUAUCUGACUGACACAAAGAGGUCGAGGCAACAGGCCCGAGCAUCCCUUCAGUACCGAACAACAACCAAGUUUGAGCAGCUGACAAUGAACAGCUUGGGGCAACAGAAAAUAACCUACCCGAAUGUGUUUGAUGAGGGAACAGCAACUCAUGUGGUUACAGCAGUGCUGUACGGGGCUCAGGCUUUCUUUGUGUUUGAUCAAGAGGUCUCUUCGACAGAGAACGUACAGGAUAUUCAGGGUAACCUGGAGGGGAUGAUUAAAAAAAUUCCUUGUAUUGCAGUUGAGGGUCAGAUCUCCCUAGAAUUGACAGAGGAACAAAAAUCCAAUGUCCAAAAAUUCAGCUGCACCUUUUAUGGAGAUUUCUUCCUGGAAAACAAUCCCAGCACAUUCCAAGAUGCUAUCAAAAUCUACACAACCCUCCCAAAGUUACUGGGAGCGGAUGGAGAGCACGCAGUGCCCAUGAGAGUCUGGCUCUACCCACUCGACAAACUGGACUCUAAAGCUGCUCAACUGGUACGGGACAUAAGUAUUGGAUUGGUCAAUGACUGCCAGUCUGUGCUGGAGCAGCUCAGUGAGAUGGUGAUGAGAUGUAAUGAUAUGAUGAGGGACAGUCCAUUUCCAGAGCUAGGGAGCAGGAUGACGGAAUUCCAAAACAUGUGCUUAGAAUAUCAACUGGUUUUCCAGAAGACUUUAUCCAGAGUGUUACCAUCUACCAAUGGAGGUGGCGAGGAGGAAGAGUCACUGGCGAAUAUCCUGGAGAAGAAGGAACAAUCACCAUUUAGAAGCCAAUCAUUGAUCGCAUGGUUAGAGUGCAUUGAAAUUAAAUUGAAAGGCAUCAAAAUAGUUUCUUCAAAGAAUGAGGAGAACAAAGAAGAGCUCAGCACUUCAGACAUGGCCAACCCUCCACAGACCCAAGAUGUGAAGGAAGAGAGGAGAGAACAGUGGUUUAACAUUGCAUCAAUGUGUAAACGGAUAUGA